AUGCCAAAGAAUGCCCUGGUGACCCUCAGAUAUGGGCCCUAUCGAAGCUGUGGGGUGGUGGAACACAGGACCUUUCGCCUGGAGGGCUUGCAAGCUUUGUUAAAAGCAGAUGGGCAUCAAAUAAUCCUCGAAGACAUUCCAGACUGGAACGAUGUGCAGCUGAUUGUGAAUGGGGAGACCGUCUUUCAGUGCAACAUUAAUGAUUUAGAUUUUGGAGGGGAUGGAAAGUUGGAUCCGCUUUGCCAGGAAGCCAGAGAGGCGGUGUUAAAAGCCUACUGA